AAAACCAACACUGAUUCCAGUACUACCAAAGAAAGAUUACUUUUUAUUUUUAUUUCUCAAAAUGUUUAAGAUAACCGCAGUCGUGUCUUUGAUGCUGAUUGGUAGCACGCUAUGGGCGACCAGCUUGUCCUGUGACUCGUGUGGUAGCGAGUGCGCGUCGGCGUGCGGGACCAGGCUUUUCCGCUCCUGUUGCUUCAACUACUUGAGGAAGAAACGUUUGCCGGACAAUGUUAAGCUCUGGACCCCCAAUACACCUAAAAAUCAAAUUAAAUCUGAAAGUGCCGAAGAAGUUCUGAAGCCCAAGCUCCCAUUUUAUAUCGUCGAUGACAUUGCCGAUUCUUGGAAGAAUCCCGUCUCCAAUGAUAUUGGGUCGUACCCUGACGGAGAAAGGUUGCAAAUAGUGUAUGAUGUAUAAAAUAAAUACCUUAGACCUAGUCCAAAAAUUUCUAAGGCUGCAAUAUCGUUAUCAUAAACACAGUAUUUAGUAUAUUCAAUGUGAUGAGUAUAAUCAGUAUCAAUUGUUGAAUAAGAUUGGUGAUAUCAGGUAAUAGCUAUUAUAUACCACAAUAUCGACACUAUGGUUUUUUAUGGUGUGUUUGAUCGAAGAGUAUUUAUUUAUUUAUAAUUUAUUCGCACAAAAUAUGGCACAGAAAGAUGUUAAAAUUAAAUAGUAUCACAUAUUUUACCAAACAAUGGCAUGCAAAUGUAGGUACAUAAAUAUCAAACUCUAAAAUUGUUAAUUUCCAAGAUUACAUUAUGUCAACAAUAAUUCAUUUUAUAAUUUAAUUUCAAAUAAACACAAUUUAAUUUAGUCAUUAGUUAGUCAAAUACAAGUAGCACAUUUAAAACAUUAGUUGUCAUAUUUAACAUUUACUGUUUAAAAAUUCCUGAAUAUUAUAGAAACAUUUGUCUACAAGCAAAUCAAACAGUUUAUUUUUAAAAGGUCCAAGAUUUAGCUCCUUCAUUGUAUGGGGUAGUUUGUUGUAUAACUGUAUGCAGUUCCAGUAGCAGUUUUUAUGAAAAUAUUUUGUACAUAUGUUGGGUAGUAAGACAGUCUAAAGCCCAUAGUAUGUAACUUUUGCGAUCAAUACAUCAUGAAAUACUAGUACAUUUACCAUGGACUUAGACAUCGAAAAACAGUAGCAAAACUAACAGUAGAAACGGUAGCGUGAAACAAGGAAAUAUAGAUUGGUAGUACACGAAAGGCAUUUUCAAUUUGCUGCAAAUGUUUGACCGCAGGCUUCAAAGACUUACAAAGUCGGUAAAAUGAUCAGUACUUUCCAAUGAUAAAUCCAACUCAAGUGCACGCUCCUCUCCAGUCGUCAGCAACUUGCAGUUCACGGAGAAUUUUCAUUUUGAAAGGAUUUUAUUGUUUUUUUUUUUAAGAUGCAACAAAUAGUCACGUACAAAAUAGUAAUUAUAUUAUAUCGAUUUAUACAGAGCUGUAAAUUUUUAUACAUAAUAUACGAGUAUAAUGUAACAAACCGGUGGUCAUGUUCGUAUAAACUUUAGACGUUAGAAUUAAUUACUAUCGAGACAAAUGAUUGAUUUUAUGCAGUGCAUGUUUCUUUUUUGUAAAUAUAUAUAUAUAUUUAUUUCCUUGAUACGUAGAUUGCGUGGGAGCACCAACUGCAUUCCCAAAUUGAUGACUGUCCGACCCAUUAACAAUGGCUGGACACGUUUGCAUUGCAGCGUGUAAUGUUAAUGGCGAUGGACAGUUUAUUGAAUAUUCUUGUUUACUUAAGUAUUUAUUAUAUAAUUUAAAAUAACACUAGUUUUUAAGACUUGUUAAUAAAUAUUAUAUGGUUUAUGAUCGAAA